AGAGCUGCGUGACGGAAGAUUUCUAAACAGCUCUUGUUUUGAGCGUGGAGAACAUUAAAAAAACCCCAAAAUACUAGAAUUGUGUUACUGCCAUUAUUUUUCCCUUGUGAGCUCCAAUACUGCAAGAUUCUGCCUCUUUGUCUCUCUGACAGCGCCUGAAAUUUUGCGUCAUAAACAGGCCAUAAUAAUUUUUUGAAGUUGUGAGAAACACCAUUUCGUACACAUGAGAUUUGAGAAGGGCGAAGGAAAGACCGUACUGUCUCUCUAGGACAGAAAGUAGACUCGGCAAGUCCAGACGGUGGGAUCCAGACGCCGCUCACGGCUGCCUCCGGCCCUCGCCGUUAACGGGAUAAAAAGGGCCCGCCAGGCGCGGGGACGGACGGCCGGCAGCGCUCCAGGCUCGGGCGAGCCGUUCUGUCGUCCACCCCCUUUUUCUCCCGGCUGAUGGGCCGGGCCGGAAGGGAGCGGGGCCGGCAGGUGCCUUCAUGAAUAACUUAAAUGACCCUCCCAACUGGAACAUCCUGCCCAAUCGGCGCGAUCCCGGCGAUGACGGCAGCCGGUGGAAUUACGCCCUGCUGGUCCCCAUGCUGGGCCUGGCCGCCUUCCGUUGGAUCUGGACCAGAGAAUGUCAGAAAGAAAUAGAAAAGGAAAAACAAGAGUACUACAGAAAAGAGUCAACUUUACAAAAAGACCUGGAAGGCAAAUACCGGGAUAUAAUCACGGAGAAUCGUCGAGCUGUUGCUCAUCUGGAGGUGGAGCUGGAAAAGGAACGCAACAGGACCCUGAGUUACCGUGAAGCCCUCGUGUCCCAGAGCCGCAAACUAGUAGAAGAGAGGAAGCUCCUAGAACAGGAGCAGGAGAAGUUGGAGCAAGAAAAACAAGUCCUUUUGCACUCUGGAGCAGAAGGUACCUUGUACCAGAGUUGCCUGGCAAAGGAAGAAGAGUGGCAACAGAGAGCCAAUAUUUUACUAAAAGAAUUUGAAGAGGGACUGAAGGAAAGACAGGACAUCUACUGCAGUCUUUUAGUACCCAGAAGUCAGAGACUAGAAAUAGAGAAAAAUCUGCUAGUUAAAGCAGCAACUAAUCCUGUUGCUAUGGCUUUACAUGUCGAGAGUGGCUUAAAAGAUAUUUUCAAACAUGAUAACUACUGUGGCAAUGUGCUGAACAGAACCAGAAGUCAAAAUGGAAAGCUUAUGUGGCUGUAUUUGAGAUACUGGGAACUAGCUGUUGAACUGCAGAAAUUCAAGAGGGUAGAAAAGGCCAUGUUAGGAAAACGCUAAGUAGGGGAAGCAGUGGGAUUCCAUGUGAUCCACCAUGCAUGGUAGGGACAAUCACAGUCGUAGUCCGAAGCUGUUAAAUUCUUCUGCUGUGUUGCCGUCUCUCCUCCUCCUUGCACUUGUGUUUGCAUGGGACAUGUGCAGUGCUGGUGCCUUUCCUCUCACUAACAAGAGAUGCUCUGGUGAGCUGUGCAUGCUCCUGAACUCCAUGAGUGGGUUUGUGGUGCAGUAUAGAGAUACGCCAGCUCCCCAGGUAUCAGAAGUAGCAAAAGAGAACUCAGUUUAGAGGGAUUUGCCUCAUUGAUGGUCACACUCCAGCAACAGAGAAUGGUCAUUUGUUUCCCCUAGCUGUGGUAGCACAUUGUGCUCCUUAUCUCUGACAUUUUACAUGGUGUCUCAAAAUGUCUUCUUUUAUUACUAUUAUUUUUUAAAAAUUUGUUUAAGCAAGACUGAUUUUGAGACAGAUGUUUGGGAGAGAUGGUGUUGGAGACACCUGAAUCUUACAUGUCUGUAUGUGCAAGUAUAUAUAUAUAUAUAUAUAUAUAUAUAUAUAUAUAUAUAUAUAUAUGCAUGAAUGUGUGUGUAUGUGAAAGUAUUCUGAGGGUGGAAUAGAUUGAUCUUGUUUCAGAUUAGUCAGUCUUGCAUUGUCGUCCAGCUUAAUAUACAAAUAGUGCUUUAUGAAUGAAACAUCCAAAAGUUACUAAUUCAAAUAACACAUAAAGAAACAGAUUGAUAUCUCAUUGGCACUUGGGACCCAUUAUCAAAUUCUACGGAAUGUAUAAACUGGAAGUUAUAUUUUCAUAUAUUGGAGAUACCUUAAGAAUACUUGGUUUUUUUUCUCAGUCAGGGUUUUAGUUGUAACCCAACAAUGUGCCACCAUUAUGGAUGUCCCCAUGCUGCUGCUUCUGCCUCUCAGGGCACUGGCUGCCUCCUGGGUUGCUUGCAGGAACCUCCUUACCAUUGCAUCUGGCUCUGCCUUGGACAGGUCCUGUUUGUUAUUUGCAGAUGGGAAUCUAAAUGCAGCCUGCACUGGUAGCCACUGCUCUCUCUCCACCUAUCUCCCUUCUCCCAGAACUGAAGUACAUACUCUUUUCUGCAGCUCUGAAAUUCUGUGCUUGUGGUUCACCAUUUUACAUACACAUGACCGUGAAAGCCUACAGAUAUACAAGCUUUGCAAACUUGCAAGAAAGGGAGCUUUUUUAUUUAGCUAGUAAAAUAAAAUAGAUUUGGUAAAAAAAUAAAAUAAUAAGUACAGUGAAAUAAUAAAUUAAAAAAUUAAACAUCCAGAUUUAAAAAAUCCAACAACAAAACUUUAAAACUCAGUGCAUUUCAAUUUCUUAGAACUUUGAGCCUUGUAGCAGUAGGAACCUUUUUUCAAAUGUGCCAUGUAUUUAAAAUAAUAAGAUUUUUUUUCUUCCCCCCUUUCUAAUCCAGCCUUAGACCUCAAAGGGGCAGUGUUUACCCUUGCAUUUAUAACAUCUAGUCUUCUCUGUUACUUGACUUUGAUUUGUGCUAGUAGGUUGUCAGUUCAUUAAUUAGCAGUUUGUUAUUUACUGAGAGGUAGACUUGACAAAUGUGUUUGCACUAGGCAAUCAUGUAGAACCAUGGCUUGGAAGCAAUCCAAGUGAAUGCCCAUCUUCCUGCAGAUGUGGGGUUUUUCUCUUACUGUUUUCUCCUGGUUUCAUUUUAGUCUGAGCACAGAAGAGAGCAGAUAAAUCUUUUGAAACAAUGUGCACAACUUAAUCCACUUACUAAGUAGAAAUAUCUAACAUGAAACAAAAUUCCUAGGCAGAAUAGAUGUUUUGCAACGACUCUGUUUUCCAGUUGAGAUUUUGCUCACCUUGGUAGUACGAAUUAUACUGUUGUGUUGACUUAUUAAUCCUUUUUUCAUAUUGAUUUUUUAAAAUAAAGUUUUAGUAGACAAACUUGGAGGAAAAAAGAGAGAUCACAAACACCAGAAGGGCCACAGUUUGUCAGGAUGCCAAGCAUUUUCUGGUUGGGAGAUGCUUUUGCAACUCAACACAAUUGAGUUGCUAAUCGUGUGUGACGCCCUGAGCUAAGCUGCUGAAGCUGGAUGUAGGCACACAGUCUAAUUGCCCAGGAGAACAAAUAAGUUUGAAUAACAGCCGGUGUGUAAUUCUUUCAGGAUGUGGAAAGUGACCAUCCAGCUGUGGCACACGUUCCUGCAGGCAGUUAAGCUGCUCAGCUGACUAAGAGCAGACAUGAAUCAGUGCCAGUGUAUUUGAGAUGGAUGCCUUGAAUUUGUAUAAGUUAGCCUCAAAAGAGCAAAGGUUUUAUGCUUUUUCAUUUUUUCAUAGUUUGUUAUUCAUAUCACUCAAAAUGUUUAAAGAAAAUGUAAUCAAGGGUAAAAUACUAUUUUUUUCAGUAUGAAUAUGUACAUUCAAGCCUUACACACUUGAAUAUACAGGGUUGGAUGCGAUGUAGUAAAGGUUUGGUAUUCACUUUCUGUUUUUUAGAAGUGUCAUUUGUUUGUACAACUAAUUCAACUAUUGUUCAUGGACACUUUGAAGAUCAUUGUAUCAAGACAGAAGGGUUAUUUCAGAAGACUUUUAAAAAAUAUAUAACUGAUUUAGAAUCACUGGUCCUGUUGGUUUCUUCCAAAACUCAUGUUUGUGGGUAUGCAAUGUAUUUUAGAAAUGUUCCUCCUUUGUAGGUUGUUAUUCUGAAGAUUCUAAUGUAAGUUUUAUCUUGCCCAGCACUUGUUCUGAAUUGGUUAAUUGUUUGGAACUGCCCAUAUACAUAUGUAGAAUGCAAGAAUAAUCUGUUUUCAAAGUAUUUAAUGAACUUAUUUUUAUUAUAAAAUUGUCACUCAGCUAUUAAACAAUAACAAUUAAAACCUUUA